CCCCUUCGCCUCACUCCUACUAAAACUCAAGGCGCGCACGCCGAACGCACGGCCACCGCCACUGCCCCAGCCUCCUUUCCUCCUCUCCCACCCCACGCCGCGCACGCCCGAGCGACCCCCAUGGAGUCCCUGCUUGCGGCGCUCCCGGCAGGCGGAGGAGGCGCGGUCGCUGCCGCUGCCGCGGCCGUCGGCGGGCUGGCCGCGGCCGCCGCGCUCGCCGCCAAGGCCGGCGUCGUCGGGACGGGCCGCACCAACGCGCCCCCAGCUGUUCCUGGUUUACCUCUUAUUGGAAAUCUGCACCAGUUAAAAGAGAAGAAGCCCCAUAAGACCUUCGCAAAAUGGUCUGAUAUUUAUGGGCCAAUAUACACCAUAAAGACUGGGGCUUCAUCAGUAGCUGUGCUCAACUCUUCUGAAGUAGCCAAGGAGGCUAUGGUUGCGAAAUACUCAUCCAUUUCUACUCGAAAGCUACCUAAAGCAUUGUCAGUGCUGACUCGUGAUAAAACGAUGGUUGCUAUAAGUGACUACGGUGACUUCCACAAAAUGGUGAAGCGUUUAGUUAUGUCGGGCAUGUUGGGCUCUUCUGCUCAGAGACAAUUUAGGGACACAAGAGAUAUGAUGAUGGACAACAUGUUAAGCACUUUCCAUACGUUGGUGACUGACGACCCACAUUCUCCUCUGAACUUCAGAGAAGUUUUCAAGGACGAGCUGUUCCGCCUGUCCUUGAUCCAGAGUUUAGGCGAGGAUGUGGGUUCAGUUUAUGUGAAGGAGUUUGGGAGGGAGAUAUCGAAGGAUGAAAUUUACCAGAUCACCGUGGUUGACAUGAUGAUGUGUGCAAUCGAUGUUGAUUGGAGGGAUUUCUUCCCAUACCUCAGCUGGAUCCCAAACAAGGGCUUCGAAACAAGAGUUCGUACCGCAGAAUCUAGGCGAACCGCGGUGAUGCAAGCCUUGAUCCAUCAACAGAAAAAGAGAAUUGCGAAUGGCGAGGCCAGGGCAUCCUAUCUGGACUUCUUGCUGGCAGAGAAGGCACUGACAGACGAACAGCUGAUGAUGCUGGUGUGGGAGGCGGUCAUCGAGGCUGCGGACACUACUUUGGUGACGACCGAGUGGGCAAUGUAUGAGCUGGCUAAAAACCCAGAAAAACAGGAUCGACUCUACCAGGAGAUCCGGGACGUGUGCGGCGACGAGACGGUCACUGAGGAUCACCUGCCACGGCUGCCGUACCUCAACGCCGUGUUCCACGAGACGCUGCGGUUCCAUUCUCCUGUCCCAUUGGUGCCUCCAAGGUUCGUCCAUGAGAACACCAAACUGGCCGGCUACGACGUCCCAGCCGGCACUGAGCUGGUCAUCAACCUGUACGGGUGCAACAUGAACAAGAAGGACUGGGAGGAGCCCGAGGAGUGGAGGCCAGAGAGGUUCGUGGAUGGGAGGUUCGAGGCUGCGGACAUGUACAAGACCAUGGCGUUCGGCGCCGGGAGGAGGUCCUGCGCCGGGAGCCUGCAGGCCACGACCAUCUCGUGCGCCGCCAUGGCGCGCUUCGUGCAGGACUUCGCCUGGAGGCUCAAGGAGGGCGACGAGGACAAGGUGGACACUGUGCAACUCACCAGCUACAAGCUCCACCCGCUCCACGUGCAUCUCUCGCCGAGAGGGAGGAAGUGAAUGGCACUUUUGCUGUUCUUUAAAGAGGAAAAUUGGUAGUUUUGCUGUUGGUAAUGAAGUGUGUAAAAUUACGAAUUGGCCGUGCUCUUCAGAACUUCGUCAAACAAGAUCGAUCGUAGCAUGAUAUAUAACGGAUAAAGAUUUGCUCUCCUGAAGUGUAUAACGAAUAAAGGCUUGCUUACCUGAAUAAUUUGUUCA